CGCGUGCCACUCACUGGCACUGCCCGGGCUCGAGCCCGGCUGCAAGAAAACUCCGUGUGCCCUCCUCGAUUGUUCCGCAAUGAGUGCCAAGUCUGCCAUCAGCAAGGAAAUUUUUGCACCUCUUGAUGAAAGGAUGCUGGGAGCUGUCCAAGUCAAGAGGAGGACAAAGAAAAAGAUUCCUUUCUUGGCAACUGGGGGUCAAGGCGAAUAUUUAACAUACAUCUGCCUGUCAGUGACAAACAAGAAACCCACGCAGGCGUCCAUCACGAAGGUCAAACAGUUUGAAGGCUCCACGUCGUUCGUGCGGAGGUCACAGUGGAUGCUUGAGCAGCUUCGCCAGGUUAAUGGCAUCGAUCCUAAUCGGGAUUCUGCAGAAUUUGAUCUGUUGUUCGAAAAUGCAUUUGACCAGUGGGUAGCCAGCACAGCUUCAGAAAAGUGCACCUUCUUCCAGAUCCUCCACCACACCUGCCAGAGGUACCUCACGGACAGGAAGCCGGAGUUUAUUAACUGCCAGUCCAAAAUCAUGGGAGGAAAUAGCAUCCUCCACUCGGCAGCCGAUAGUGUGACCAGCGCUGUACAAAAAGCGAGCCAGGCCUUGAACGAGCGCGGGGAGCGGUUAGGCCGAGCAGAGGAGAAGACAGAAGACAUGAAGAACAGCGCCCAGCAGUUUGCGGAAACUGCACACAAGCUCGCCAUGAAGCACAAAUGUUGAGAAGCUGCCUAUCUGGGUGAUGGCCCUCUGAAGAGAAAUGGAAGAGCUCAGCGGUUUUUACAAGAAUUCCGGACCUCUGCUUGCUUCUUUUUUUCGGUAUAUGGACACUUAGGUUUUUUUUGCUUUGCCUUUUCAGAUGUUAAUAUGAAAGAAAAGAUAUUGUGUUGACACAUUUCACUAAUGAUUGUGCUAAGAAAUGCUGCCAGCAGGCAUCAGCUUCA